AUGGCAGACGGCGCUACAUCAAACAGAGCCCAGGCUUCAAACGGCCCAUGGCGACGCAGUGACCCGAUUUCGGCCGUAAAGUGCCUUCAGGAAAAAAGGUACACAUCGGCCCGGAAACCGGGUUCAUGCCUAUUAUCGAUUGGCCGACGAUCGGCCUGGCCUCCUCUGGCCGAGGGGAGUUGUCAAGGUUCAAUUGGUACCAAGGCGUGCUUGGCCCUGGUUCGGAUGCGCAUCGAUCCGGCCUACUGCCGCCCCAACGACAGGCUGCAGACCGACCUGGCGACCGUGUCUGAUUGGGUCGUCAUGAUAGUCAGUCGAUAG